ACAGCUGGAAAUGAUCCCUAUUGUUUUGUGGAAUUCUAUGAGCAUCGCCAUGCGGCUUCGGCACUGGCUGCCAUGAAUGGCCGGAAGAUAAUGGGAGGUCAAAGUGAACUGGGCAACGACUCCCAGCAGCCAGAAGAAAGACACGAGCAACCAUUUCCAUGUCUUUGUUGGAGACCUCAGUCCCGAAAUUACAACUGAAGAUAUAAAAGCAGCUUUUGCGCCGUUUGGAAGAAUAUCUGUUGUCUGUACUGGACAUUGAAGUUUCUUGAUGGUGAUGUAAGAGAACGUAGAGUGCUUUGGAGUGUUGUGUAGUGCAGCCUUUAAUUGAAAGUGUCUCUGAAGAAUGGACAGAAUUGCCAUGGCUAACUACAAGCUACAGUUCACAGUGGACAAACAGAUGCACGGGUGGUUAAGGACAUGGCAACGGGGAAAUCUAAAGGCUAUGGCUUCGUCUCCUUCUUCAAUAAAUGGGAUGCAGAGAAUGCUAUUCAGCAGAUGGGCGGCCAGUGGCUUGGUGGAAGGCAAAUCAGAACAAACUGGGCAACGAGAAAACCUCCAGCUCCAAAGAGUACAUACGAAUCAAACACCAAACAACUGUCUUACGAUGACGUGGUCAAUCAGUCCAGUCCCAGCAACUGCACCGUGUACUGUGGAGGUGUCACUUCAGGCCUGACAGAGCAGUUAAUGCGCCAGACCUUCUCCCCAUUCGGGCAGAUAAUGGAAAUCCGAGUCUUCCCAGAUAAAGGCUACUCCUUUGUACGGUUUAAUUCUCACGAGAGCGCCGCACACGCCAUCGUUUCUGUCAAUGGGACAACCAUAGAAGGCCACGUGGUGAAGUGCUACUGGGGGAAGGAGACGCCUGACAUGGUCAGCCCAGUGCAGCAGAAUCAAAUUGGAUAUCCUCAGGCUUACGGGCAGUGGGGGCAGUGGUAUGGCAACGCACAGCUGGGGCAGUACGUGCCCAACGGGUGGCAGGUCCCCGCCUAUGGGAUGUACGGGCAGGCGUGGAACCAGCAGGGCUUCAAUCAGACACAGUCAUCAGCAGCGUGGAUGGGAGCAAACUACAGCGUGCAGCCCCCGCAGGGACAGAAUGGCAGCGUGCUGACAAACCAGGCCGGGUACCGAGUGGCAGGAUUUGAGACACAGUGAGAACCCAACGCUGCAGCUGGGUGCUGGUGGGGCUCGAGAAGAGUCAAAAGAUGUGUCAGAUCAAGUCAGUGCAAGCAUCAGAUGCAAUGUAUUUAUUUAAGAGAGAGAAAGAAAAGAAAAAAAAUAAGAAACGUUUUUAAUCGUGAAGUUGUCAUCCACGUUGUUUAAAAACAAACAAAAACAAAAACAAAAAACAAAAGAACGAGAUGCUGGAUGUCUGCCAACCAUUGCCUUCUUUUCCUCUUUCUAGAUGUGUUUCUUAACGAUCCACUGUUGAAACACAGCAAAUUGCAGGGACUACUGCCACUUAAACUUGGGGGCAGCAAAUUGCACAACGUCAAACUUGUUGUUUUGUUGUUUUGUUGGGGUUUUUUUUUGUUGUUUGUUUUUUUUUUUUCCUCGGGAGCAGCGUGCGGUUGUGGUUUGCAUUCCGAACGAUUUUACAAUGUAUUAUAAAAGCUGUUGUAACAAAAAAAAAAAAAAAAAGCCAAAAUUGUGUGGGGCCUGGAGGCUCUCCGCCCUCAGCUUCUGCACAGCCCUCUUCUCAAAGAGCCUCUUGUACAGAGCCUCCCUCCCUCCCCUCCCAUCAGAGCGGCUCUUUUGGAGGCCGGGUUCUUAGUUUACAUCGUUUUCUACCCAUUCAUUUGUUCAGCCUUUGCCUUAUGACCUCCAUUCCCCCACGCUGCCAUCAGUGCCCACCACCCCAACGUUGCAUUGUGUGAAUGGGUGCCUCCAUCACACUGAUGGCAGACAAGUCCCCACCUCUGCUGCUGCAGGAAAACCCCGUUACAACUCACUUAAAAUGUGACGAAUUCUACCAACAGCUCCUUGGUUUGUUGGUUUUUUUUAUUUUUCCUUUUUAAAUCGAUUUCUACAUUUACAUGUACUGAUUAUGUAAAAUAUUUUAGCAAAUUAAUAUUUUGCACAAACAUAGCCGACUUUGUACGUUUCUUUUAUUUAAAGGUAGGACGCCGAGUUCUUGAUUUAUGCAUAUAUAUAUUAUUAUUUUUUUUUUGUCAUGUGGAUAUCAAAUAUACACUUUGGUAGUCUUUGAAUACAAAGUCAUCCUCUCUUUGUUUUUUAAGAAACUGUUUAAAAACAAAACAAACAAAAAGCAAACAGAAAACCCCUCUAUGGAGCCGUGUGAUGUACGUGGAGGUUCCAGGCUGGGGGAGCAGCUGGGAAAAGUUUCUCGAUGUUCAGAGGCCAAAAGCGACCUUUCUGUGCUACCUCUAUGAGCAGCCUUCAAAAAAAAAAUGCAAAACAAAACAAAAAAAAAA